CCUCGUGACCGAACGUGCGCACGCUGUAUCACCCGUGCACGUAGGCCGUUCUCGUUCCAAUUAUCCCUUUACCGGAGCCGGGGAUGUCCGGCCGUCUUCAGUGCGGCCAGCCAAGGGCUACGCGAGGCGGAUCCUGCUAGGACUUCUCUAUUUCUCCCACAAGAAACCACCGCAGCCACGUGAGGAGACCUCUGCCACGCCAGCCCUUGGCCAAAAAUUUUGUUUUUUUUUUCGUAACCCUGGCGGCACGCAGGCGUCGCGCUGACAUGGCCCAGGGCCAGGACUACUACAGCCUCUUGGGCGUCAGCCGCAACGCCACAACAUCCGACAUCAGCAAGGCCUACAAAGCGCUCGCGCUUCAGUGGCACCCGGACAAGUACGAGGGCAGCAAGGAGAAGGCCGAGCGUAUGUUCCGCCUCAUAUCUGAGGCCCACAACGUACUCAGCAACGACUCGUCGCGACAGCGCUACGACAACCACCUCCGAAAGACGACGAUUCAGGCGAUUCCACCAACUCCGUCGGGCACUGUACGCGCCUACUGCUACAUUGUGCCCAGCUAUUCCCGGCAGAGCCCCGUGCCCCAGCAGUCGUGCUCGUACACCCAACAGAGCCCCGUAGCCACCUACCCGCAGUACUCGAUGACCACCAUGUACCGGCCGACACCGCAGUUGCAGCAACCAGUGGUCCACUACAACAUGUUCCAGCCUUCGACCUCUCAGUACUCGUACACCAUUCCACUCGCUUCGUACUUGCCGAAGCAGGCCAUGUCCAUGACGGGCUACGUACCAACAUCCUCGACGACCACGCCCUACCACCAGACCCCACCCAUCACAACCAACGUCUCACUGUUGCGCGUGCCAUCAGACUACGAGCGCCAGACGUCUACACGCAUCGUCCGCGGGACCCGAAUGGACCUUGAGGUUAUCAAAGAAAACGCUGCCGAGAUAGUGAACGUCUACGAGAACGGAGUGCUGACCCAGAGCACCUACCGACGCACUCGUCCCCCCUCGUAAAGACUUCGGUCGUGCGGGCCUAUACAUGCAGCUGAAAAUCACGCCCCAAGCCCCUCAGCGGUGUAUUCACGGGACUCAAGAUUGUCACAGAAUAAAGGGAGUCGGCCGAA